AGCGGUUGCCCGAACCGGCGCUCGUUUUCAUGAUCGUGUGAGAGCAAAGCGGAAACGCAAUGACAGCCUAUGUGCAGACAACCCAAAGUCUGGAGUUGCCCACCAAACGCGAAGGCAGUAGGCGCUGAGGGAGUGACAGUGAGAGGGCAGCUUUCAUCCCAGUCACGUUGCAUUGUGGGAAAUAUUUUUCGGUGAAUGACCAGGAUUACUUUGGUAAUUGACCAUUUUACCGUCAUUUCGAUGGUUUUUGAAGUCUGGUAUUUCACCAAAUCGAAAUUGCGAGUCAAGGAACCGACUUUUCAUGGCAAGUAUUUUACUACACUAGGCGGCAUAUUCUAGACCACCAUGCAGACCAUUAAAUGUGUUGUCGUUGGUGAUGGUGCUGUCGGAAAGGUGUGCUUUGACCUCGUCGCCAAGCAUAGCCCAGGCGGUCAACAUUUAUGAGACCUCAUCUGACAUGCCUCCUCAUCUCGUAUACCACCAACAAAUUCCCAAGCGAAUUUCUUCCUACGGUGUUUGACAACUACCCUGUGACCGUUAUGAUCGGCGACGAUCCCUAUACUCUGGGUUUAUUUGAUACUGCAGGUCAGGAGGAUUAUGAUCGUCUUCGACCCUUGUCGUAUCCCCAGACGGAUGUUUUCCUUGUUUGCGUUAGCGUCCUAUCACCCGUUUCUUUUGAGAACGUAAAGGAAAAAUGGUUUCCUGAGGUUCAUCACCACUACCCAGGGGUACCUUGCCUUAUUGUUGGGACGCAAGUCGAUCUGCGAGACGACCCUCGAGUUCCAGAAAAGCUUGCGAGGUAGAAGCAGGGGCCCGUCCAGCCGGAGCAGGGUGAGCGUUUGGCAAGAGAGUUGGGUGCUGUCAAGUACGUCGAGUGCUCCGCCUUGACACAAAAAAGGUCUUUGAUGAGGUACGCUCAUUGUUUUGAUCUAUUCACUCUCGUUGAUGGUGUUCGUCGCAGGCAAUCGUUGCGGCUUUAGAGUGAGGACUAGGAACAAAUGCAUCGUUGUUUAAGUACUCCUUUCUUUCACGAUUUGGAAUGAU